GUUCAAGGAAAAGUAUUUCAAAAGCACAGGCCAUUUUCAUCCAAAUGGAAGGUGUAGCUGAAGGGUUCACUGUGGACGAUCAGAUGGAUUGCACAUCAAGUUUGUUGGCUCAUCAUGAAAGACCUGAAUGCAUCGAUUCUUCCACUGAACCGAAGAGACAAAGACUGGAUGGUGAUGCUGGUGAAAAGUUAGCUGAAAAUGCAAGUAGAACUAAGAGACUAGCUCAGCUGAAGAAAGAUAUCGCUGUCCUGGAAGCAGCAGUUCGGCGUGGUCAAGAGACGAUGGAAAAAAUGUUAAAUAUAGCAGUAGAAGGCAUAGCAGUUGAUCCGCUGUCGCGACAGGAAGAUUUCUUAAGCAGACGUCACUCACUAAUGGCUGAGAUUACUUCCACGCAGAAUGCAGCAGGGAAAAAGAAUCGAGUGGAGCGCUUGCAAAACGGUUCACUGGUGGUUAAUUUAUUGGAGCAUAUCGGGAAGAAUAAUGACACUCCUUUUGUCAAAGUUGAAGCAUGGGAACUGAGGAAAUGUCGUUGUGAUUUCUGCGAUGUUUACAGCUCAUCGCGAAUUGAGCUCCCACCACGUGUGUGAAGUGUUGUUCUGUGCAAGAGGGAGCAGAUGAGUUCGAAUGUAAUGUGUUACCGCUCAUUUUAUCAAAACAUACAUGUUGUUUCGCGAUCUCUACAGCACUUGCCUAAUAUAUAUGUCGAAGUUUAACUUUCUCAUUCGAAGCAUACGAAACUGGAAAGUUUGGUUUGCCUUAAAAGCUUCAGUUUGAAUCGG